AUGGCGGACCUAGAAAAUGGCCGCGGCAGCGGCGCCGGCGAAAAGGACCCGAAGCUCUCGGAUGAAAACACGGAUGCGGCGCCGGCCACACCCACCAGCCGACCACGCGGCCUGCUCGCCCGCCUCCGGCUCUUCGAGACGCACAUGGACCGCAAGCUCGGCAUCGAGUCCGACGCCAUUGAGCGCAAGCGCGCCGAGGACCGCCAGCACGUGCCCUGGCACGAGCAGCUGUCGAUGGCGCUGCUCUGGGCGAGCGGCACCAUGAACACGUCGUGCUUCGCGACGGGCUUCCUCGGGCGCGAGUUUGGCCUGGACCUGCGGCAGACGCUGCUCAUCACCAUCCUGGUGUCGCUGCUCGGCGGCGCCGUCGUCGGCGCGGCGGCCACGUUUGGCGCGGCCACCGGCCUGCGCCAGAUGAGCGUCUCACGCUUCUCGUUUGGCUGGUGGCCGAACAAGGUCGUCGCCGUCCUCAACGCCAUCCAGCAGCUCGGCUGGGCGGCCGUGUCGUGUAUCACGGGCGGGUUGGCGCUGACGGCCGUGUCCGACGGCCGCGUGUCGCUCGCGGUCGGCAUCGUCAUCCUGGCCGUCGUCGCCUGGCUCAUCUCCGUCGUCGGCCUGAAUGCGAUUCUGGUGUAUGAGCGCUACGCCUGGGUCAUCUUCUUCGUCAUCUUCAUGAUCAUGUUUGGCGAGACGGGCCGGUACGCGGAUAACACGACGCCGGCGACGGCGACCGGGGCCAACCUGGCUGGCGGUGUGCUCAGUCUCAUUGCCGUCGUGUACGGCUCCAGCGCAUCCUGGGCCACCGUCGCUAGUGACUACUAUGUUCACUAUCACGCCGAUGUCAGCCGCGUCAAGGUGUUUCUCCUGACGACGCUCGGUAUUGCCAUUCCCACCUCCAUCGGCAUGGUUGCGGGGUGCGUUGUCUCCUCGGCGCUCAAUGUACGACCCGACUGGGAGACGGCAUACCAAAAGGGCCUGGGCUAUGUGAUCCAGGAGUCUCUGUAUCCUCGCGGCUUUGCCAAGUUCCUCCUCACGCUUCUUGUGCUGUCGGGAAUCAACACCAAUGUCAUUGGAAUUUACAGCGCGGCAUUGUCGUUUCAGCAAAUCUCUCGACCCUUUUCGCUCGUGCCGCGUUUUUUGUGGAUGCUCUUGUCGCUGGCCGGCAUCCUUGCCCUCGCUCUCGGCGGGCGAGAGCAGCUGAACCAGUACCUCCAGUCCUUUCUCUCUCUUCUGGGCUACUGGUGCACCUCGUACAUCGUCAUCAUCUUAGAAGAGCAUUACAUCUUUCGUAAAGGCGACUUUGCCAGCUACGACCUGGACGGCUGGAAUACCCCAAGCCGCUUGCCUCACGGAAUCGGCGCAUCCGUGGCCUUUGGGCUUGGUGUCGUGGCUUGGUGCAUGGGCAUGAGCCAGACCUGGUUCGUCGGGCCGCUGGCCAGGUUAAUAGGAGACAGCGGCGGCGAUGUUGCAAAUGAGUUUACUUUUGUCGUGACAGCAGUGGCCUAUCCCCCGGCGCGGUACCUAGAGCGGAAGCAUUUUGGCAAAUAG